AUCGGUUAGUUUCAGUUUCAGCACUGGUAACGUCUGCGAGCUUGUUCAUUGAUUUUGUAACUUCGUUUUUCUGUAGUUUCCUGUUUUUUUUUUUUUUUUGUUUGCCGGUCUCGUGCCAUGCAGUCGUCGUCGUGUAAAGUAAUUAUAAUACUAUUUAUAGUUGUCACGGUGGAAACGUACACGCCUCCCAAAGAUGAUCCUUCUUGCGAUUGCGAUCAUUGCGAUGACGGUGUAAAGGUUGACGAAUCUAAAGGAAAUGGAAACGUAUCGGCGUUGCAAUUGUUGCACAAAGAGGAUAGCGAUGGUGACGGGAAUCGCACUAUUUGCGCUCGAAAUCGCGAAUUCAAUGAUCGUACCUUUCCAAGCGUUUGUCAUAUGUUGUGUUACAAUCGCUGUUUGAUACUACGAAUUUCGACUGUCACGGUGAAUGACACGAUCAAAUAUGUCGUGAGAGCGUUUAGAAACAAUUACUACAAGCUACGGGAUGGAGAAUGUUGAAAGGGUUUUUGUCUUUGUAAAUUCGUCGGUGUGGCUUCGUCUUGGUUGCUGUGAAGGGGGUACGACGAGGUUAGUAAAUCAUUUGCAAUUUGGUACAUCGAUAUAUACCAGAUAUUACGAUUGAAGAUUAUAGACAUGUAUGCUCUACGUGAAUAAUUUGAACGCGGAUAUUUUAUAAAUGGAAAAUAAAUAUACUUACAUCGAAAUAUGUAUUAUUUGUAUUACGAAAGAUCAUAGAAAUUUCAUAUGAUCGAGAUAUUAAUAUUAUUAGGCAGUGAUAAUAAAUAAUUGAGAUUAAUACAGAUAGAAAUGUGCAUAUGUGGAAUUAAACAAUAUUCUUUAUGGAUGUUAUGUCAAUUUUGUACAAUGUAAAUUAAAAAUUAUUAUGUAUUAACGAACAUAUUAACGAGACAAAUUUGAAUUUACAUGCCAUCAAUCAAAAAAAUAUCCUUGAAAUCUUGUAUCCUUGGAUUUGGAAAGGAAAAAGGGAUUUAUUUACGUAAUAAUUAUUUAGUUCUUAAAUUGUAAUCGCUAUAUUUAAUUGACUUUUGACUUCUCGUUUUUAAAAAUAUUAGAUAAAUACAAUAAAAGUAUUAUGGAAUACAAAAGUUAUUGCAUACUUAUCUAAUAGUAAAGAUACCGUGAUCACGAAAGCGAUUUCUCCAGGUCGAGACUUUUUCAUUGCACUGUGGUUUAAUUGACCUCUGUGAAUAUCUCUAACGUGAGUGUUUGGAUGAAUAAUUUUUGAUAAUUGGGAAAAUAGCGUUCGCUAUCUCGACUACUUUUACAUAUUUAAUUUAGUGAGAAAAAUGAACAAUUUUGCAAUAGUGAAAAAUAGAUGAAUAAUUUUCAUAGUAAUUUCUAUAGAUUAUUUAAAUUUCUUGUUAUCUUAUAACGUUAUAAAAAUAACAGGAAUAUGUCUUCAUUAAAAAUUAAUAUUUAUAAAUAUUAUUAAAAUAUUUUGUAAUGCACGUUUUAAGUUGAAAUAUUCACCGGUGAGGUUUAUUAUGCAGGUUAUAAUUAUAUUAUUAAUAGUUAAUGCAACUUAUUACUACGUACUAAUUAAUUUAUUUUAAUUUUAUUUAUGCUUUAACAUUCAUUUAAUAAAUUAUGUUGCAAGAAUCGCUUAUAUUAUAUUACAUAAUAUAAAACAAUCAUAAGAAUAAAAAUUUUAUAUCGUGUUCUAAUUAUAUUUAUUAUUAUUUAUUAAAAGAAUAUUAGUAGAAUUUAUUAAUAUUAAGAAAAAUUAAAUUUUAUUUCGUAUUUGUCAUUAAAUAAUUGGAUUUUGAAAUUAAAAUAGGUAUUAUAAAUGGUCAGGUUCGUAAAACGUAGUUAGUUCCUAAAGUCGCCGUUACGUAGCGCUAUCUAUACUCAGUUUCUCGCUGCUAGAAUUCUACGCUAUGGGCUUAAGUAAGUCAAAGAAGCAGAGGAAAGCAUACUUACCUGGCGUAGAGGUUACCGUGAUCAUGAAGGCGGUUCCUCCAGGGUGAGGCUCUUCCAUUGCACUACGGUUGAGCUGACCUCUGCGAAUAUCCCUAAUGUGGAUAUCUCGGACGUACAAUUUUUGGUAGUCGGGACUGCGUUCGCGCUAUCCCGGAUAA